AUGGUGCAAUGGAUAGAGCGCAUUCCAACCGGCUCGAUUAUUAUUGUCACAGGCCAGAUCAAGAAACCUGAUCGGCCAGUGACCGGCACCACCAAACACGACGUCGAGAUCUCAAUACGCGAGCUCCAUGUGGCAGUACCUUUCACAGUCUACGAAGAUGAGGUUUCUAGGCAGAAGGAGUUGGACGACGACGACGACGCCGCCGGUACAGGAAGCCACAUCACAGAUCGCGCCAGACUGACUCAUCGCAUACUCGAUCUACGUACAUCGACAUCAAAGGCCAUCUUUCGCAUUAACGCCGGGGGAUUUAUUGAGAUACACACGCCCAAAUUACAAGGCGGCGCAACGGAAUCCGGUUCCAGUGUAUUUCAGCUUGAUGACUACUUUGGACGACCCGCACUCGUUGCACAGAGUCCUCAGUUGGCAAAACAGAUGUGUAUAGCUGCAGACUACGAAAAGGUUUACGAAAUUGGGCCGGUCUUUCGGGCAAAAAACAGCAACACCCCCAGACACUUGACAGAGUACACUGGUCUGGAUCUUGAGAUGGCCAUUGAAAAGCACUACCAUGAGGCUUUGGAAGUGAUCGAUGGAGUGCUGAAGCAUAUCUUCAAGGGUAUAAACGAACGUUUUCGCGAUGAGCUUGGAGCAGCCAAGAGACAUUUUCCGCACGAGGAUUUGGUGUGGCUGGAUAAGACCCCCAGGAUACCUUUCAAGGAGGGAGUGCAGAUGCUUAUAGAUUCCAGCUGGACCGACGAGAGUGGCAACCCCCCCUCGCCUUUGGAAGACAUACAUACGAGAGACGAGAUCCUGCCUGGCGAGCUCGUUAACGAGAGGUACCAUACAGAUUACUACAUACUUGACAACUUGACAGCUUCCGCACGGCCUUUCUACACUAUGCCCGACCCCAACGAUCCGAAAGUUACGAACACGUUCGAUCUGUUCCUACGCGGCCAAGAGAUCCUGACCAGCGGGCAGCGUAUACAUGAUGCACAGAUGUUGGAGGAGCAGAUGAAGGCGCAAGGGGUAGAUUCUUCAAGUAUGGAGGAUUAUAUGGACGGCUUCUGA